UAAAAAAGCAGGAAGCCUACGUAGCUUUGCGACGUGUCCGGAAGCUCAUUAGCCAACAUGGCGGCGCAACAGGGUGAUGUUGAUGAACUGUUCGAUGUGAAAAAUGCUUAUUAUAUCGGUAGUUACCAGCAAUGUAUUAACGAAGCUCAGAAAGUGAAGCCUUCGUCACCAGAGAAGGACAUCGAAAGGGACAUGUUUUUGUACAGAGCCUACAUUGCUCAGAGGAAGUAUGCUGUUGUUCUGGAUGACAUCAAGACCAGCUCUCCACCUGAGCUGCAAGCUGUGAGGAUGUUUGCAGAGUAUUUGUCCAAUGAAAGCAAAAGGGAUGUUAUUGUUGCUGAUUUGGACAAAAAGAUGUCAAAGAGUGUGGAUGCUGCCAACACCACCUUCCUGCUCAUGGCGGCCUCCAUCUACCACCAUGAGACCAACUCUGAUGCUGCUCUCAGAACGCUUCAUCAAGGAGAAAGUCUGGAGUGUAUGGCCAUGACCAUUCAGGUGCUUCUCAGUCUGGAUCGUGUUGACCUGGCGAGGAAAGAGCUGAAGAAGAUGCAGGAGCAAGACGAGGAUGCAACUCUAACCCAGCUAGCCACAGCCUGGGUUAAUAUUGCUGUGGGUGGAGAGAAGCUGCAGGAUGCUUACUACAUUUUCCAAGAGAUGUGUGACAAGUACUCGUCUACUCUGUUGCUGCUUAAUGGCCAGGCAGCCUGUUACAUGGCGCAGAAUAAGUGGGAGGAGGCUGAAGGAGUGUUGCAGGAGGCUCUUGAUAAGGACAGCAGCCACCCUGAAACGCUGAUCAACCUCAUAGUGCUGACCCAGCAUCUGAGUAAAGCUCCUGAGGUCACCAAUCGGUACCUCUCCCAGCUGAAGGAUGCACACAAAGCCCAUCCAUUCCUCAAAGACUAUUUCACCAAGGAGAAUGAGUUUGACAGAUUAGCUAUGCAGUACGCCCCUGCAGCUACUGCAUAACACUUCUGCUUUUCUUCAAGAUACCUUGACGGUGAACUUAAAGAAAGCACAAAGAAGAACAUCCUCUUUCUCAUCGACUCAUAUUUGUGUUAUGUUUUUCUUGAACAUAUUGGCUGUAUUUAAUACUAUUUACAUGUCUUCUAAUCCAGUCAGCAGACAAAUGCAUCUCUUCAGUAUCUAUUGAAAUUUACAUUUCUAGCUAUUUCUCUGUAAUAAACAUUACUUUGAAAUGUUAAUAAAUGUCUGAAAUUCA